AUGGCGUCUUUCAACGAAAGUACAACUUGGUCUGCUCCUUUUGUAACAACACAACGGCCAGAUCAACUUCAUCAAUCUGAAGUUGAACUUGAGGAAUUUAGACUUGUUUGGCUCGAUAAUGAUUUAAAUGAUAAUGAGAAUUCUGUUGAUAUUCAAAUUGGUUUACAAACUAUUGUACAAAAUAUUAAUCAAUAUAAAAGCAAUGAACAGUGUUAUAAUGAUAUGCGACAAAUGAUCAAAGAAAAAAUAUUUUUAAUUAUAUCAGAUUUUCUACCAUCGGAGCAAUAUUUGUCUGAUAUUAAUAGAUUACAACAAGUUCUUUGUGUCUAUUUAUUAAACUCAUCCAGUGAAGAGUUUCCAUGGAUCAAACAAUAUAGAAAAUUAUCAACAGUUGACAAUGUUUCGUCUUUACAUGAACGAAUAAGAGACGAUGUUGGAAAAUAUUCAUAUCCAUUUAAUAGUUUAGAGAAAGAUGCAACAAAAAAGCUAAUGAAAAAUUUAAAUGUAGAUAGUCGAUUAUUUAUUUUACAUCAAUUAUUAACUGAAGUAUUACUUCGAUUACCAAAAACAGAACGAAGUAAAGCAGAUUUUAUUGAAUUUUGUAAAAGUUAUUAUCAAAAUAAUCAGCCUAUGCUCGAAAAAGUUGAACUGGUUAACAAUACAUAUCCUCAUAUAUCACCUAUUCAAUGGUACACUAGUCCCUUAUUCUUUUUAUCCUCAGUAGUAAAUAAAACAUGUCGUAGAGAAAAUAUUCGACUCAUGUUCAAAGUACGAAUAUUCAUACAUGAUCUAUACGAAAAGUUAAAGGAAUUACAUCCACAGAUCGUAGAUACAAUUCUAGCGACGUUCACUGUGUACAGAGGUAUGAUAAUGAUGGUAGAAGAAUUUAAAACGUUACAAAAUAAUAUCAGUGGUCUUGUGUUAACAAAUUCAUUUGUGUCAACAACAUAUGAUAGAGAUGUUGCUAUAGCAUUUUCGGGUGAAGGAAAAGUUCCAGUUGGAUACAUCUCUGUUAUAUUUAAAAUGGAAAUUGAUGUUAAACGAAAUAAAUCGAAACCAUUUGGUUAUCUCAGAGGAGAAACUGCAAACAAAGACGAGGAUGAAAUUCUGUUAUCAAUAGGCAUGAUAUUUAAAUGUACAUCGAAUUAA